AAGCUUGUGAAUAGCCGUUACAUUAUGAUGUCAGCCAGCCAAUUGCAAUGCACCGGUUCGUGCAGUGUGCUCAACCGACAAAGACUUCAGCCUAGCCAUGCUUUGGCUUUGAGGUCAUCCAAUGCACGCAGAGGCGAUCGCCGCAGCCUUAAGACAUGUGCACUGUUUGGCAAAGGCGAUGGGAAGGGAGGAGGCAAUCCUUUCGGAAACAUGGCAAACAUGAUGGAAAACGUGAAGAAGGCUCAGCAGCUGGUGCAAGUGGAGGCAGCCAAGGUUCAAGAAGAGCUUUCAAAAGCAGAGUUUGACGGCUACUCCAGUGAUGAAACCAUCCGGGUGGUGAUGUCUGGCAACCAGGAGCCAAGGAGCGUCGACAUCACCGAAGCAGCAAUGGAGGCAAACAGCGCAGAGGAGUUGUCACAGCUUGUCACAGAGGCGAUGAAGGAUGCGCAUGCCAAGAGCGUCCAGGGCAUGAAGGAGCGCAUGUCCACUCUGGCUUCCAGCCUGGGACUGGGCGGCCAGAACAAUCCACUGGGGCUUGGUCAGUAGCUUUGCCAUAGACCAGGGAACAGUGUAGCUCCAAGUUUUGGAAGCUGUGUGCAGUAAGUGUGCACACUGCCAAUAGUGAUGCAGGCAAUCGUGGAAUUUAUGACUGAAUGUGUAACCGCAUGUCGCUGUGUGAUU